AUGGCGCAGAAAAUGACGAAUUUUUUACGGACCUUAGAAUGCCAGCUCCCCAGAAAAAAAGCUGGCAAGAAGAUCAGGACAAGUGGGGAGUUUCCAUCAACCAAAGGUAGUUCACCGGAAGUCAAGAGUAAAAUAAUAUUUGCGCAUUCUAAUUUCGUUGGGAAACAAAUGGGAUUACGGUCGCGCAAUAAAUUCAUUCUCAUGCGUAGUCUGCUGCACAGUGCGGUAGUGCAAAACGGCGAAAUUCACUCGCUUCGAGAUGUAUCCAAACUGGCAUCUUGGCUGUGGCGCAACAACCGGGGCCGGCUUCACAUGUACUAUGAAAUACUCGCACUCUUUGACGACAAGAGUAGCACGCACAAGCAUAGCGGCCCCGCCUUUAAAAAACUGACCGAAGCCAUUGGAAGAAAAUGCAUACCAUCAACCUACAGUUACGAAACGCUGACCAAUGCGGCAGACACUACAGCCAUCGAGAGCAAGAACACCUACAAGGCCUUCUGUGGCAGAUUCUCUCUGAAGGACCGCCCUCCUACCCGCACCAACCACUCCCUGCCACCUCCCAUGCUUCUCCCGUUUGGGCUAUUUCCGUUGGAAAUGAUCAAAACAAAGUUUUUCACAGGCACGUGCGUUCCUGGAAGCGGAAAAGUAUGGUGA